AUGGCCGCAAUAUCAGACCCGGUCGCCGCUGUGCAUGGUGUCGUCUUCGACAAAGACACGGCAGCAGCAUACCGAAACGGCGAUAGCAGCUCCGAGGAGAUCACCCUCAAGCGGGAGGUGUACGACAGCAGCCUCAUCGACCCUAUAUUGGCGAAGAAGAUGGCGUUGGUCAACAAUGCCAUCGAUGAGAUCGGCAUGACUCCUUUUCAGUGGAAGCUGUUCUUCUUCAAUGGGUUUGGAUAUGCCGUUGACUCGCUGCUCAUCGUCUGUCAGUCCAUCGCUCAGCCCGCGGUAGAUCGCGAGCAUGGAAGACCGAACAAACAGAUCGCUGGCAUUGCUCUGGCUUCCCAGGUCGGACUACUCGUGGGCGCUGCUGUAUGGGGCUUCUCGGCCGAUAUUAUCGGACGGAAGCUGGCGUUCAAUACCAGUCUUUUUCUGUGUGCUUCGGCUGUCUUGAUUGCUGGUGGUAUGCCAAGCUAUAUCUCAUUUGCAGCUCUCGUUGCGAUCUAUUCCGCAGGCGCGGGCGGCAACUACAUCCUGGACGCGACCAACCUCCUGGAGUUCUUGCCAGUCACUCACACCUGGCUGGUGACGUUCAUGUCUAUCUGGUGGGCCGUUGGCUAUACCAUCACAGGACUCUUCGCCUGGGCUUACAUGUCCAACUUCACCUGUGCUCCCGAUACCACACCCGAGACCUGCAAGAAGUCCGACAACUGGGGAUGGCGCUACCUCCACUUCACAGCCGGAAGCCUCGUCCUAGCAGCCUCCCUAGCCCGCGUCCUUUUCAUCCGCAUGAAGCAAACCCCGCGCUGGCUCAUAGCCCAGAACAAAGACGAAGAAGUCUACGGCGUCCUCCUCGGCCUCUCCGAGAGGUACGACCGCCCACUCACCCUCACCCUCGAGGACCUCACCUCCCAAGGUCGCGUCCUGCACACCGAACGCAGCGCCUGGUCCGCCCUCCGCCUCCGCAAGCACAUCACCGGUCUCUUCGGCAGCAAGAUCCUCGCCUACUCCACCGUCAUGAUCAUCCUCAACUGGUUCGUCAUCGGCAUGGUCUCCCCCCUUUACUCAGUCUUCCUCCCUUACUACCUCGCCUCCCGCGGCCACGACGUCACGGGGUCAACCUCCAACUACACCGUCUGGCGCGACUACGCCAUCAACAACAUCGCCGGCCUGGCCGGACCCAUCAUCGCAGGCAUUCUCGUGGAGACGAACUUUAUCGGCCGCAGAGGCACCCUCGCCAUCGGUGCCGCGGCCACUACGGCUCUGCAGUUCGGGUACACGCAGAUCAAGACCCCUGCGCAGAAUCUAGGUGUCAGUGCUGCGAUUUCGGGCGCGAGCAAUAUCUACUAUGGCACCAUCUAUGCGUACACGCCGGAGAUCCUGCCAAGCGCGCAUCGUGCGACGGGCUAUGGGAUCUGUGUGGUGGUCAAUCGGGUGGGUGGCAUAGCGGGCGUGCUCAUUGGAAGCUAUGCGAAUGUUGAGACGACGGCGCCGUUGUGGGUGUGUGCGGGGCUAUUUGCGUUGUUGAUCGUGUUGAGCUUGUUGUUACCGUUUGAGAGUAAAGGGAAGAGAAGCUUUUGA